AUGGCUGAGAUUUCUGACAAGCUUAACAACCUAAGCAUCAAAGACCAGGGCGAGCAACAGCAGCAGGGCACUGGAAGACCUACCUAUGUUCCUCCUCACGCGCGAAAGUUCGGUGAUGCUGCUGCCGGACCCAAGUACAACUCUGGUGAAGGUUACCGUAACGAUGGCGCCCGUGAUGGCUAUCGUAACGAUAGCUUCCGUGGCGGCCGUGGCGGAUAUGGCGGUCGUGGCGAUGGAUUCAACCGUGGAUACGGUGGCGGUUAUGGCGGACGUGGCGGCUAUGGUUCGCGAGACAACUUCGGCGGUGACGGCUACCGUAACAAACAAUCCGCCCACGAAGGACGAUUUGUUGAUGGCAAGCACGUUCCCGGCGCCCGUGAUCCCAGAGUUGAGAAAGAGCUUUUCGGUACUCCUGACGACAACAACAGACAACUGACUGGUAUCAACUUCGACAACUACGAUGACAUCCCCGUUGAGGCCACCGGUGAGAAUGUUCCCGAGCCCAUUACCGCCUUCACCUCCCCUCCCGUUGAGGAGCUCUUGCUCAGCAACAUCGAGCUCUCUGGAUACACAAAGCCCACCCCUGUCCAGAAGUACUCUAUCCCCAUUGUCUGCGGUGGCAGAGACUUGAUGGCUUGUGCCCAGACUGGUUCCGGAAAGACUGGUGGUUUCCUCUUCCCUAUUCUCUCUGAGGCUUACACUCACGGACCUACUGCCGUCAGCCCCGAGGGCAACGGCUCUUUUGGCCGUAACCGCAAGGCCUACCCUACUUCCUUGAUCCUUGCUCCCACCCGUGAGCUCGUCUCUCAGAUCUACGAGGAGUCCCGGAAAUUCGCCUACAGAUCGUGGGUCAAGCCAUGCGUUGUCUACGGUGGUGCUGAUAUUGGCACCCAGCUCCGUCAACUGGACCGUGGCUGCGACUUGCUUGUUGCCACUCCUGGUCGUCUUGUCGACUUGAUCGACCGUGGCCGUAUUUCUCUUUCCAGCAUCAAGUUCUUGGUUCUCGACGAGGCCGAUCGUAUGCUUGAUAUGGGUUUCGAGCCCCAGAUUCGCCGCAUUGUCGAGCGUGAGGACAUGCCCGAUGUCCAGAACAGACAGACUCUCAUGUUCUCCGCCACCUUCCCCCGCGAUAUCCAGAUGCUCGCUCGCGACUUCCUGAAGGAUUACAUCUUCCUGUCCGUUGGCCGUGUCGGUUCCACUUCUGAGAACAUCACACAGAAGGUUGAGUACGUUGAGGACUCCGACAAGCGAUCCGUCUUGCUCGACAUUCUCUCGUCCAACAAGGGCGGACUUACCUUGAUCUUCACUGAGACCAAGCGUAUGGCCGACUCGCUCUGCGACUUCUUGAUGAACCAGGGCUUCCCCGCCACUUCUAUUCACGGUGAUCGUACUCAGCGUGAGCGUGAGCAGGCUCUUGACAUGUUCCGCAGCGGACGUGCUCCCAUCAUGGUUGCCACUGCUGUUGCUGCUCGUGGUCUCGAUAUUCCUAACGUCACCCACGUCGUCAACUACGAUCUUCCCUCUGACAUUGACGACUACGUCCACCGUAUCGGUCGUACCGGUCGUGCUGGUAACACCGGUCUUGCCACCGCUUUUUUCAACCGUGGCAACAAGGGUGUCGUCAAGGAGCUCAUUGACAUUCUCCGUGAGGCCAACCAGGAGAUCCCUGACUUUCUUGAGGCUGUCGCUGCUGAGGGCGGAUACGGUGGUGGCCGUGGUGGCCGUGGCGGAAGCCGUGGUGGCCGCGGCAACGGCAACCGUGAUUUCCGUCGCGGUGGCGGCGGUGGCUACGAUAACUACGGUGGCCAGUCUUACGGCGGCGGCGGCAACAGCUAUGGCGGCUACGGCGGUUCGGCCUACAGCGCCUACAACGCCUCGUCGUACCAGAGUGGCGGUGCCCAGCAGGGUGGCGGCUGGUGGUAA